CACAGGCGUUUUGGUAUGUGCUCAUAUUAUUAUACUAUAAGUCAUACUAAAUGAUAUAAUAAUCUUCAUAGGAAUUUGUUUUUCUCUGGCCAAAAAUAGAAGUAAUGUCACAGUAUAGAAAUACUGAGUAAUACCAGACCUCACGGCAUUGUGUGGCACUAAGGAACAUAUAUCAGGCAAAAAGGAAGGAAGAAAUAAAAAAAAAGAGGUGUUUCAAAAGCACACGUACACAUAAAGGUCACAUCUCUCACAGAUCUAAAUGUUGAAGAGUUCAGAACUUCCAGGAAGUAGCAAGACAAAAAAACUCAGCUGCUUGAAAGAGCAGCAGUUCAGAAGUGCAUGGGAUGUCACGGACGUCAGGCCUCUCUAGGAUUCACCACUUCUCUCCACGAUGAUCAACACUUACCAGACCAGCCUUGCUCCACCGCCGGUGCCUCCACGACUCGGCAGGUCUCACCCGGUCCUCAUCCCGACUCCGCUUCCAUCACAAGGCCACAGCACCUCUCUGAUCCGGUUUUUGGUUGGUGUGGUGUUGCUGCAAUUAUUCCUGUCGAUUGGAGGAUUCGUCUUACUGUACAAAAAUUACAACAUGGAGACACUGCUCUCAAGUGAAGGAAAAGUAGCUUCUCAUUCAUCAGAAAGGCAGGAAACUUCAUCCAGACCCUUGGCACGCAUGGUAGUUGAGCAGGAACCACACGCACUAGGACAUUAUCUCCAGUGGGACAUGACCCACUCAGUUCGUAAGGGCAUCAACUACUACCACAACAGUUGGCUGACUAUCCUCCAGCCUGGUGACUACUACGUCUAUUCCAGGGUGACCUUCUCCAAAGGCGACCCUCAGAAUCCACUUGCCAGCAAGGUCAAGCUGAGGAAGAAUGAGACAGGAGAGGAGAAGACUGUGAUGAAGGCCUAUUGCAGCAUGGACAGCCACAGUGGGUCUGCGUUGAUCCCUCGCAUGUGCACAGCCUCGCAGGGGGAGGUGAUCACACUGGAGAAAGGAAACCAGCUCAGUCUCUGGGUACAAGACCGUUCACUGGUAAACUAUGAAGAUGGAGCCACAACCUUUGGGAUGUACAAACUGUAGGACUCCUCUAAGAGCACAUGCAUGGACCUAAACUGAAGAGUGGGAACUCAUGAAGUGAAUGGAAGCUACUGAGAACACUGUUAUAAAGACUUAUUGUUUCUGAUCUUUUAUAUGGAUUUCAGAGACAGAAGCCACGUUCCUAAACUAUAAUUUAUUACAUCAGAUAUCAUUUUUUGUCAUUUCUGUUGCAGUCUUAAUAUUGUGAAUGGUUGUUCUAUAUUUAUUGAUGUAAAUGAGGUUGUAUGGCUGUGAAAUCAAACUAUUUAAUCUAAAACAUUUCUUCUUCUCUGCAGUUUGUCUUGCAUGUGUUUUUAGUUUUUAGUAAGUUAAAGAAGAUAUACACAUUAAAGUAAAACACCACACA